AUUCAAUUCCACAUAGACAUAGCACAUCAUGCACCUCAACGGCUCAAUUCAGAAACAACAACAACCUAUAAUAAUAAAUAAAUAAAUAAAUAAAUAAAGAAGAGCGCAUCAUCACCAAAAAAAAACACGUUUACAAGAAGUUUUUGCAAACUGUGUUUUGUCUGCACUUUCCACUCUCCACAAUCCGACUUUUUCUUGACGCGAUUUUCCAAUUCUCCUUACAUUCUUCUAAACCCUCUUCUCUUCUCCGAGGAUUUCUCAUCAAUUCUACACAUUCUUAUAAUUUUCCUUUACGAUUCUUUCUACAUCUUCCGUUAAUUCCCAAGGGAGAAAAUUCAAUAUAUUUGUUCUUAUUGAUGAACGGUUUACCUUGAUCUGUUUCUGAUUCAAUUCUGCGAAAAUGUUCAAUUCAAAGCAAUCUCCUGUGAAAGUUGGUAAGCACAACUCCGUUAGUCCUGUUAAUGAUGUUAAAACCUGGUCGAACCCGUUUGAUUCUGAUGACGAGGAAAAGGAUAACAAAAAGUAUAAUUCCUCAAAGAAGACUUCUUCAGAACGAGCAUUAGUUACUUUAGAAGUGAACACUAACCCAUUUGAUGACAUUGAUGACACUAAGAAAUCGUCAUCAUCUACGUAUGCCCAUCAGUCAGCAGACCGGAACAGUAAGAAAUCUUCAUCAUCUAUGUAUGCUGGUCAAUCAGUGGACCAGAACAGGUACAGGAAUAAUUUUCGUGAUUCUGGCGGAUUAGAGAAUCAAUCCGUACAGGAGUUGGAGAAUUAUGCUGUUUACAAGGCUGAGGAGACUACGAACUCGGUCCACAAUUGUUUGAAGAUAGCAGAGAAUAUAAGAGAGGAUGCUACCAAGACUUUAGUCACCCUUCAUCAUCAGGGUGAGCAAAUUACUAGGAGUCACCAAGUUGCUGCCGACAUUGAUCGAGAUUUAAGUCGGGGAGAAAAGCUUUUGGGAAGUCUUGGUGGCCUCUUCUCCAAAACUUGGAAACCAAAGAAGACACGAACAAUAACAGGCCCUGUUAUUUUUGGAGAUGAUCCGGUUAGAAGAAAGGGAAACCACUUGGAACAGAGAGAGAAGUUGGGAUUGACUUCUGCAUCCAAAGGGCAGUCCAAGCUGCGGACUCCACCUCGGGAACCAACAGCUGCACUUGAAAAAGUCGAGUUUGAAAAGGAGAAGCAAGAUGAUGCACUGUCAAAUUUAAGUGAUCUAUUGGGAGAGCUUAAAGACAUGGCUGUUGACAUGGGAUCGGAAAUUGAAAGGCACAACAAAGCCUUGAGUCAUCUAGAAGACGAUGUGGAUGAGUUGAAUUUCCGAGUGAAAGGUGCUAAUCAACGCGGUCGUCGUUUACUUGGAAAAUGAGAUUGAUUUUUUGACUUUUAAUCAUUGUUUUUUCAUAUUGUAAUGGAUCCAUCAUUUGGGUCAAAACAAUCUUUAGUGUACACUUACUGAAAUUUGAAUUUGCUACAGAUUAAAUUCACCUUUUGUGCAAUGCCACUUGCUCCUUUCAA